GUGAAUUGCUCUCGUUGCAGUGACUGGGGCGCUCUGGGGAGCCCACGCAAGGUCCGCGAGCCCCGGCGGCUGCUGCUGCGGACCCCGGAGCCCUGGCUGCAGCCGGGAGAGGUGAAUCUCGAGCAGUAACAUUUCGGCUGCUCCCAGGAGCCUCUCCCAGGGCAGAGACCCCAGCCUGGCCAGGACCCCCCCUUCCCGGCCCCAGCCCCUGCUCCCAGGGCGGGCACCGCUUGGAGGGAAGGCUGCAGAAUAAGGACAACGUGUUGCUCCAGAUCAUCCCAUUUUCCUAGGGUACGGGGAAGGGAAAUGGCUGUGGUGGAGCCAGCUCAGCAGGAUUUCCUAUUCCCAAACCUGACCUGAUCGCCCGGCUGGAAGCAGGAGAAGAGCCGUGGGUCCCGGAUCUCCAGGCCUCCAAGGAAAUAAAGAUCUCAAGAGGUAACCAUGCAGGUGAUGAGACAAUGAGUGAGAACAAGGAGGGGAAUCCACAACAGGAAUGUUCUGAGCAAGUGGAACUGCAAGGGAGCAUAUUGAGAAGAGCGGAUGGGAAUUUUUUCCAAUGCUUCGAAGAGAGAAAAGCCUGGAGUAAUUGGCACAGGUCAGAAAGGAAGCUGGGAAAUUGCCAAAGAAAGCAAGUAGAUGAAUCCAUUGAAAGUGGGAGAGAAGGCAAGGAUUCCAAGGAAACCACAGCCCAGCUGACAAAUCACAAAGGAAAGAAACCCUGUAAAUGCUUGGACUGUGGUAAAAGCUUCAGUGGGAGCUCAAAUCUUAUUAACCAUGGGAGACUGCAUACGGGAGAGAGACCCUAUAAAUGCCUUGAGUGUGGGAACAGCUUCAGUAAUGUCUCAGGACGUUUUUGCCAUAGCAGAAUCCACACAGGAGAGAGACCAUAUAAAUGCCUUCAGUGUAGGAAGAGUUUCACUGUAUCAUCAGUCCUUAUUAUUCAUCAGAGAACCCACACAGGAGAGAAACCCUAUAAAUGUCUUGAGUGUGGGAAAAGUUUCCGUGCACGAUCAGCCCUUAUUGUACAUCAGAGAACCCACACAGGAGAGAAACCCUAUAAAUGCUUGGACUGUGGGAAAAGUUUCUGUCAGAGCUCACAUCUUAUUAGCCACGCAAGAAUCCACAUGAGAGAGAGACCAUAUAAAUGUCUUGAGUGUGGGAAAAGUUUUAUUGCAGCAUCAGCCCUUAUUACACAUCAGAGAACCCACACGGGAGAGAAACCCUAUAAAUGCUUGGAGUGUGGUGCAAGCUUCAGUCGGAGCUCAAAUCUUAUUACCCAUUGGAGACUACACACGGGAGAGAGACCCUAUAAAUGCCUUGAGUGUGGGAAAAGUUUCAGUGCACCAUCAGCCCUUAUUGUACAUCAGAGAACCCACACAGGAGAGAAACCCUAUAAAUGCUUGGACUGUGGUAAAAGCUUCAGUUGGAGCUCAAAUCUUAUUGCCAAUGAGAGACUGCACACGGGAGAGAGACCCUAUAUAUGUUUGGAUUGUGGGAAAAGCCUCAGUCAGCACGCAAGCCAUAUUAAGCAUGGGAGAAUCCACAAGGGGAAGAAACUGUGAAAAUGCCUCCACUGUGAGAAAAGUUUCAGUCAGAAUUCACACCAUAGUAGACAUCUGACAAUUCAGACAACAGAGAAACCCCAUAAAUGCUUGGAUGAUUGGAAAAGCUUCAAUCCAAUGUCAUACCUUUCUAAACAUUGGAGAAUUCACAUGAAACAGAAUCUAUAAAUGCCUCAGCUGUGGAAAAAGUUCAAUUCAAAGAUCAAACCACACUUCACACCUGACAAUCUACACAGGACAGAGAACCCAUAAAAACUUGGAUUAUGGGAAAUGCUUUGGUAACUUCAGGAAAAGAUUCAGUCUGAGCUCACACAUUAGUCCCCAUUGGAUAAUGCACAGAAGAAAGAGCUUGAAUGUGUGGGUACCUUCAUUUGGUGCUCACAUGGCAUGCAUCAUCAGCAAAUCUACAAAAGGAAGAGGCCUUUCAGAUGUCCUUAGCAUGGAAAAUGCUUCUGUGUGUCCAUUGUGGUGUUAGCUCCAACUGGAGAGAAAUUCCUCAGUGCCAUGACUAGGGCUGGCCAUAAUAAAAACUCCAUUUCCUAAUUUUCCUGCACAGCAGUGGCAUUUGGCUCCCAGUUAUCCAGCUGCCCAUGUCUGGGGGCAGGUUCCAGCAGCAACUGAUCCUGAGCUGAUCAGGGAAACUCUGGCUUUGCCUGGUUUAAGCAAAGCCCAGGAAGAGGAGGAGAAGUCCCGAUCAGUCCCUCCUCCCUGCUGCAGCCCUGGCUGCUGAACUGAUGGGCCUUCCUGCCUCCUGCAAACCUGCUGGGGGAGAGGAGAGAGAAAUUCCUCCAGAAGCUCCCUCUGCCUGGAUGAAGUUCCACCCUUCCUUCCCUUCCCUUCCCAGGCAUGAUUCCUCUCCCAUGGAGAGGGAUACUUGGGCCAGGCCCCACAUUCACUCUGGACAACUUUCCCCACCCCUCAUCUUCCAGUAAUAUUCCUGGGCUGGGCUCCCCCACUUACCUGGAGCUGGUCCCUGCACGGCCCUUUGCCUGGACCACCUGGCCGUGGUUCGCUGUGUUGCAUUUCAUCGUGCCUCGGGAAGACUUACCUCCAUCGCACCGUCCAUUGCUGCGCUGUGGGACACUUACCUUCAAGGAUCCUAACAUCUCCAGUGCCAUGCCUGUCCUGGGAGCGUGAGUAUGCGAGUGUGAGUGUGACCUGCACUCCUUCUUUUGAGCUUCACUAUCAAUAUAAUAAACGUGCUGCUUUCUGCCAAACUCUGGUGGGUCAUUAGUCCUCCCUAAGCUUACUAUCUGGCCCAAUUUCCAGUAACAAGGAUGUCAGAGGUGACAUACCUGGGCCACAAAGUGGGGGGCGGCUGCCUAAAGCUAGAGCCAGCCAAGGUGGAAGUGAUCAGAGAUUGGCCCACUCCCCAGACUAAGAAGCAGGUCCAGGCUUUCAUUGGGAUGGUGGGGUACUACCAGAGGUUCGUGCCCCAGUUUAGCUCCAUAGCCACACCCAUCACUGAGCUAUGUAAGAAGAGUAAGGGUAUGGCUACACUGGCGAUUUGCAGCGCUGGAAAGCCUCCACCAGCGCUGCAAUUAGUAAGUGGCCACACCUGCAAGGCACUUCCAGCGCUGCAACUCCCUGGCUGCAGCGCUGGCCGAA